AACAACAAAAUACGGGCGGACGCAUGUCUGAUCUAAAUGUUGACAAACGACCAGUUUAUCUGUAAAAUUUAUAUUAAACCGCAUUUCAAAAUCAAAUUAGCAAUCGAACGCAAAGUCGUAGGGGCAGUUGGCAGCCAACUAGAUGGAGUGUUAAGUGGGAUCAGAAAGUUCACUUGGUCACUCGUCUGCUCAGCUGUUGUAUCAUUUCUCUUCAAGCAUUGAUCUCAAACGGAACGUGCGUCGUCGUUGUUUGCAAAAUGAAACUUUUCUAUUUUGUUGGAAUUGUUGCGGUAGUAGCGGUUGGAGUUGUUGUUGAAGCCGCUGAAUCCGAUGUUAAAAGGUUUUUUGAACAUUUGGAAGUCAUACCAGACGUUAUCUCUAAAAGUCCAUCGGAAUUCCUCAAGAUAAGCUAUGACAGUGGGGUUUUUGCAGACAAAGGAGUUGAACUUACGCCAACACAAGUGAAGAAUCAACCUAAAGUCGAAUGGAAGGUCCAGAAAAAUACUUUCUACACUCUAAUCCUAACCGAUCCGGAUGCACCAAGCAGAGCUGAACCAAAAAUGCGUGAAUUCCAUCAUUGGUUAGUUGUAAACAUUCCUGGAAAUGAUAUCGCCAAAGGGGAAGUUCUAACUGAAUAUGUUGGUUCGGGUCCACCAAAAGACUCUGGAUUGCAUAGAUACGUUUUUCUGCUCUACAAACAGCCAAAAAAACUGGAGUUUGACGAGAAACACAUUACAAAGACAUCUGCCGAAGGACGUGGCAACUUUUCGGCCAUGAAGUUCGCUGACAAACACAAAUUAGGAACUCCUUUAGCGGGUAAUUUUUACCAGGCUCAAUAUGAUGAUUAUGUACCAACAGUUCAUAAACAGAUUGGAUUUUAAUAGAGUGUUACGCGGUGUCAGUUGAGUGUUAUUUAAUUUAGUAUAUUUCUGUUUAAGGUGAAUAAAUUUGCAGAAAUUAUUUAAAUCA